AUCUGAGUCUCCUUUCUUCUCCUCCCAGUCUCCCCUCCCACCUUCUGCUUUCUGCUAGAUUCAUUCACGCAGGGAGUCAUGGCUGUGUGCGGAACCCUGAGGUCUAAAAUGUCCUCUUUACCCCAGAGGAAUGGAAGUGUAUGUCCAUACAAAGACUUGUACCUGGAUGUUCCUAGCAGACUUGUUUGUAGUAGCCCCAAACUGGAAACUACCAAAAGUCAUCAACAGCUGGAACAGUCGCCUCCCCACCACCUCCCCUCCUCUUUCCUACCAAGCAAGACCAGAUGGUCAGAGAGGGGCCUGGGGCAGAACCCACAGCCUCAGCCCUCACCUUGUGGCCUCCCACAGGAAGGGGCCCUCGACCUUCUGAAGAAGCUGAACAGCUGUCAGAUGUCCAUCCAGCUACUCCAGACAACCAGGAUUGGAGUCGCCGUUAACGGGGUCCGGAAGUACUGCUCAGACAAAGAGGUGGUGUCUUUGGCCAAAGUCCUCAUCAAAAAAUGGAAGCGGCUGCUGGACUCCCCCGAGUCCCCCAAAGGGGGAAAAGGAGAGGAAAGAGAAAAAGCCAAGAAGAAAGAAAAAGAACUUGACUGUUCCAAUUGGAAGUCAGAGGCAGGCCUUUCUCCACCAAGGACAAAACAAGGAGAAGAGCCCAAAGACAGGAGAGACUCUGUGGAUUCCAAGUCUUCUUCGGCCACCUCCUCUCCAAAAAGGCCAUCGAUGGAAAGAUCAAACAGCAGCAAAUCGAAAGCGGAGACCUCCCCCAAAACACCCAGCAGCCCCUCGAGCCCCACCUUUGCCCCCUCCAUCUGCCUCCUGGCACCCUGCUACCUCACAGGGGACGCUGUCCGGGACAAGUGUGUGGAGAUGCUCUCGGCGGCCUUGAAGGCGGAUGAUGAUUACAAGGACUAUGGAGUCAACUGUGACAAGAUGGCAUCAGAAAUUGAAGAUCAUAUCUACCAGGAGCUCAAGAGCACAGAUAUGAAGUACCGGAACCGCGUGCGCAGCCGAAUCAGCAACCUCAAGGACCCCAGGAACCCUGGCCUGCGGCGGAACGUGCUCAAUGGGGCCAUCUCCACCGGCCUCAUUGCCAAGAUGACGGCAGAGGAAAUGGCCAGUGACGAGCUGCGGGAAUUGAGGAACGCCAUGACCCAGGAGGCUAUCCGUGAGCACCAGAUGGCCAAAACGGGCGGCACCACCACUGGCCUCUUCCAGUGCAAGAAAUGCAAGAAGAAGAAUUGUACCUAUAACCAGGUGCAGACACGCAGUGCUGAUGAACCCAUGACUACCUUUGUCUUAUGCAAUGAGUGCGGCAAUCGCUGGAAGUUCUGCUGAUAGAACUGCCAGCCAGGAUUUCAGUGAACAAGUUGAGGAAGAACAAAGAGAAAGCACUAAGCCAUCGUAACUGGAGAAAAAAAAAUAAAAUGUAAAAUGAAGAAAAACGCUGAACUCUGAAUGGGGUACUAGGGAUCAGAGGGAGAAGCCUUUGGUUAUGAAUCCCUGGUUAUGAAUAAUGAUUGGCUAAUAGAGGGAACCCAAUUGGGAUACCAUGCGAAGAGUCUGUGUUCACAAACCUCUUGUAGAAAUCAGAGACUCAGGUGUCAAAUCUUUGACGCGCUGGCAGACCUUUGCUUUGCGUCCCUUCCCUCACAUCCCAACCUCCCAGCCUUUGCUGAAUUGAGAAAUAAAAUAACAGAUGGAUGCAA